ACUCAACUUAUAUAUCACCUCUCUAGUAUAAGUAGACCUGUAGAUGUGAGUGUAGAUCUCACCUCAAUUAGCUAAAAAAAAAACACGACAGAUAGAAAUAGAAGCACUUCUAUCUCUGGCCGGAUUUGGCAUUGUUCGUAUUCAAUGCCUAAUUAUUUUUGGUCCAAUAUGUUCUUAUAGCUUGGGAUUUCCUUUUAUCUUUUAUAUAGAAUCCUUCACAUAUUGAACACAAGUUAAGUAAACAAAAAAAAAAAUGCUGCCUCAUCAAAGCCUUGAAGAAGCAGAGGAAGCCCUUGGCAGAGCUCUAAGUGUUGCAGAGAAGCUAUGGUUUCAAUACUCAGCUCAGAAACCUGAUUUCAUCCUCCACUGCCAUAACAUUCUCUUCGUGAUGUUGUUCUAUACCUUAGCUCCUCUUCCGUUCGUGUUCAUAGGGCUUGGCUGGUUCAAGAACAUGGACAAGUUCAAGAUUCAACCGAAAGUUAACGACUGUUUCUCUAACAUGUUCAAGUGCUAUAAACAUGUCAUGCGCACCUUUGUUCUUGUCGUUGGUCCUCUGCAAGUCAUUUCAUACCCCACCAUCCAGUGGAUAGGGAUUCGGACGAGUUUGCCAUUACCAUCCUUGUCGGAAGUAUUUUGGCAAAUAGUGGUGUAUUUUAUUAUAGAGGAUUUUUCAAAUUAUUGGAUCCACCGGAUGCUCCAUACAAAAUGGGCCUACAAAAAGAUCCAUCGGGUCCACCACGAAUACACUGCUCCAAUUGGGCUUGCAGCACCAUAUGCCCAUUGGGCCGAGAUUUUGAUUCUGGGCCUUCCAUCAUUUCUCGGCCCAGCAUUGGUUCCGGGGCAUAUUGUCACGUACUGGUUGUGGUUCAUUUUCCGGCAAUUGGAGGCCAUCGAGACUCAUAGCGGGUACUUGUUACCUUGGACUCCAACAAAAUACAUCCCAUUUUAUGGUGGUGCAGAGUACCAUGACUACCACCACUUUGUUGGGGAGCAGAGUAAAAGCAACUUUGCAUCGAUUUUCACUUAUUGCGAUUACAUCUAUGGAACCAAUAAGGGAUAUCGGUCUCACAAACAAGUCCUUGAGAAGGUUAAAAGUCUCUAAGACCCUUCUGCAUCAAAGUGAUUAGGUUUUGUAAUUCUGUUUGUAAAAGGAAUGUUGGUGGUAUUUUGUCAUGAAACUUAUACGUAUUAUAAGCUACAACAGUGGAGAUGUAACCUAUUUUAUAUCAAUAAAGCUUCUAAUAUAUAUUUCAAAUAGCUUGAUGAGAAUUGCUUUUCCAAAGUUUACAGGGAAGGGAAAAAAGGCUAAAAAGAAAUUAGAACUUUCGGUGUAAAAGCACUUUCUGUACAUGAAAAGGAAAACUCAAACCAAUCAAUUGGUCUAGUUCCUUGUGCAACAUUAAUUCAUCAUCACCAAAAUCUCUGAAAUCCAAGUGUACCAGUGAAACAACACUUUUCUUUUUCUUUCUUUUUUUCUUCUCAGUAUGAACGCUCUAACAAGUUCAACGAUCUACCUUUCAACUGCCACGAGAAGAAG